AUGGACCAUCAGGCGCUGCAGCACCUCGGGUACCGGGGGAUCGGGGUGGGCGUGGCAGUGUCGGCGGUGUUGUGGUGGCAUCGUGGUGAUGGUGCCACCACUCCCUGCAGGGUGGUGACAGCGCUGAAGGAGCACGUGCAGGUGCGGGUAGGGGACAGCAGGGACGCGGCGGUGGCCAACUUCAUGCGCUUCUUCCCCAGCUUCAUCUGGGCUAUGUGGGAUUUCAUGCUGGAGCUGUCGCUGGACGCGCAGAGCAUCACCAAGGACGAGUACCUGGAGCAAGCACUGCGCCUGCAGCCCGGGAGCAGCCGCAUGGUGCAGGAGCAGAACGAGCUGCGGCGCUGCCAGCGCAACUUCCUCCCCGAGAGGAAGUCCUUCGUGAUGCUGCCGCCGGCCGAGGCCGAGGCGAUGAAGCAGCUGGCGGAGCUCGACGAGGGGCAGCUGCGCCCCGGCUUCCUGCGGCAGGCCGACGCCUUCUGCUGGCACAUCUGGGACAAGGCCCCGGUGAAGGCGCUGCCGGGGCGGCAGGCGGUGACGGGCAGCAUGCUGGCGAGCCUGGCGGAGAGGUACGUGGCGGCCAUCGCCAGCAGCGGGGUGCUGUGCCUGGAGAGCGCGGUGACGGCGCUGGCGACGGCCGAGAACACGGCGGCGGUGGCGGCGGCAGUGGCCGAGUACAAGCAGCGCAUGGAGCGGGAGCUGAAGCUGCCCACGGCCUCACAGGAAGCGCUGGGGGACGUGCAUCGGCGCUGCGAGCAUUGCGCCCUCGCCAUCUUCAUGGAGCGUGCCUUCACCCACAACAGUCACCAGUACCAGGAACAGCUGAAGCACGAGCUGGAGGCGGCCAAGGAGGAGUUCUGCCAGCGCAACGAGGCGGCCUCCGUGGAGCGGAGCCGUGUGCUGCUGCGGGAGCUGUGGCAGGACGUGGAGCAGCGCCUGGACCGCGGGGAGUACGCCGUGCCGGGGGGCUCGCGCCGCUUCCAGGAGCGCCUGCAGGAGCUGAUGGAGGAGUACCGCCAGCGGCCCGGCAAGGGGGUGAAGGCGGCGGCGGUGCUGGAGGAGUUCCUGCGGGAGCGCGAGGUGCUGGUGCGGGCGCUGUGUGCGGCCGACCAGCAGCUGUCAGAAUGCGAGAGGGAGCGGGUGGCCGGCGAGGCGCUGGCAGCAGCAGCCGUGGCAGCGGCAAAGGAGGCUGCGGAGGCGGCCAAGGCACGGCUGGAGGAGCAGCAGCGUAGCUUCGAGAAGCACAAGCAGGAUCUGGAGGAGCGGAUGCAGCGCAAGCUGCAGGCGAUGCUGGAGGAGCAGGAGCGCGUCAUCGCCCACAAGCAGAAGGUAGAUGUGGGGGCACCGUGGUGGUGGCGUUGCUGGGGGCUGUGGCGGCAGUGCUGA